AUGGCCACCACACCAGAGUCUCUUCACGCCACCAUCGCCACGCCAGAGCAUCCUCACGUCACCGCCACCACGGCAGAGCCGCCUCAUGUCACCGCCGCCAAGCCAGAGCCUCUUCACAUUACCGUCACCACGCCAGAGCCUCUUAACGUCACUGCCCCCAUCUCAGAGCCUCCUCAUGUCACCGCCACCAUGCCAGAGCAUCCUCACAUCACCGCAGCCAUGCCAGAGUCUCUUCACGUCACUGCCGCCCUGCCAGAGCAUUCUCACGUCACCGCCUCCACGGCAGAGCGUUCUCAAGUCACCGCCACCAAGCCAGAGCGUCCUCACGUCACCACCGCCACACCAGAGCCUCCUCACAUCACCAUCGCCAUGCCAGAGCCUCUUCACGUCACCGCCCCCAUCCCAGAGCGUUCUCACGUCACCGUCACCACACCAGAGCCUCUCCACGUCACCGCCCCAUCCCAGAGCGUUCUCACAUCACCGUCACCACACCAGAGCCUCUUCACGUCACCGCCCCAUCUCAGAGCCUCCUUACAGCAUCCUCACGUCACCGCUGCCACACCAGAGCAUCCUCAUGUCACCGCCACCAUGCCAGAGCAUCCUCACAUCACCGCAGCCAUGCCAGAGUCUCUUCACGUCACUGCCGCCCUGCCAGAGCAUUCUCACGUCACCGCCUCCACGGCAGAGCGUUCUCAAGUCACCGCCACCAAGCCAGAGCGUCCUCACGUCACCACCGCCACACCAGAGCCUCCUCACAUCACCAUCACCAUGCCAGAGCCUCUUCACUUCACCGCCCCCAUCCCAGAGCGUUCUCACGUCACCGUCACCACACCAGAGCCUCUCCACGUCACCGGCCCCAUCCCAGAGCGUUCUCACAUCACCGUCACCACACCAGAGCCUCUUCACAUCACCGCCCCAUCUCAGAGCCUCCUUACGUCACCGCCACCACACCAGAGCCUCCUCAUGUCACUGCUGCCCUGCCAGAGCAUCCUCACGUCACCGCUGCCACACCAGAGCAUCCUCAUGUCACUGCCGCCACGCCAGAGCAUCCUCACAUUACUGCCGCCACACCAGAGCCUCUUCACAUCACCACCACCACACCAGAGCCUCCUCAUGUCACCACCGCCACACCAGAGCUUCUUCACAUCACCACUGCCACACCAGAGCCUACUCAUGUCACCACCACCACCACCACGCCAGAGCCUCUUCACGUCACUGCCGCUAUGCCAGAGCAUCCUCACGUCACCACCACCACGCCAGAGCCUCUUUAAAUCACCGCUGCCACACCAGAGCCUCCUCACAUCACCACUGCCACACCAGAGCCUACUCAUGUCACCACCACCACCACCACGCCAGAGCCUCUUCACGUCACUGCCACCACGGCAGAACAUCCUCACAUUACUGCCGCCACACCAGAGCCUCUUCACAUCACCACCACCACACCAGAGCCUCCUCAUGUCACCACCGCCACACCAGAGCUUCUUCACAUCACCACUGCCACACCAGAGCCUACUCAUGUCACCACCACCACCACCACGCCAGAGCCUCUUCACGUCACUGCCGCUAUGCCAGAGCAUCCUCACGUCACCGCCACCACGCCAGAGCCUCUUUAAAUCACCGCUGCCACACCAGAGCCUCCUCACAUCACCACUGCCACACCAGAGCCUACUCAUGUCACCACCACCACCACCACCACCACCACGCCAGAGCCUCUUCACGUCACUGCCGCUAUGCCAGAGCAUCCUCACGUCACCGCCACCACGCCAGAGCCUCUUUAAAUCACCGCUGCCACACCAGAGCCUCCUCACAUCACCACUGCCACACCAGAGCCUACUCAUGUCACCACCACCACCACCACGCCAGAGCCUCUUCACGUCACUGCCGCUAUGCCAGAGUAUCCUCACGUCACCGCCGCCACACCAGAGCCUCUUCACAUCACCGCCACACCAGAGCCUCUUCACAUCACCGCCACACCAGAGCCUCUUCAUGUCACGGCUACCACGCCAGAGCCUCCUCACGUCACCGCACCACGCCAGAGCCUCUUUAAAUCACCGCUGCCACACCAGAGCCUCCUCAUAUCACGGCUACCACGCCAGAGCCUCCUCACGUCACCGCCACCACACCAGAACCUCCUCACGUCACCGCCACCACGCCAGAGCCAGAGGGGGUAUCAUUCUAACAGCCAGAGCCAGAGGCCAGUCCCAUGCCUCCCAGUGGAUGGCUCAUUGCAACAGUCUAUUAAAUACUCUAAUGACUUUGACGUAG